UUGGAAAAAGUAUGUUAAAAAAAAAUUUUGAAAUUUUGAACAGUAAGUUGAAACGUCUUCGUUUUGACGCGGAAUGCCCCAUGUGUUUCCCAGAAAUAAAUAUAGAAAAAUAAUAAUUCGCGACGCAUGUAAGUAAUUUAAAAAUAAUCUACAAAGUACCAAGUUGAACGUCUCAAGACAGUCUAGACGGAAUUUGUACAAUCGAUAAAGAGUGCGCAUCCUCUAGUUCAUGUCAAUUGCGAAAGAUGGCGCAGUGCAUCUUGGUUACAUGGUUACCGGUGAAAUGAGAAUAACAACAAACGACCAACGGUGUGCGUGAGACUCGUCGUCUACUACGACACAAUCUUAGAGCAUUAUCGUAUAUUCUCAUUCUCGUGAACGCCCGAAAUAUCUACACCAUGUUAAACACGUUUCAGGGACUUCUGUCUAUACUUCGUAAGCUGCGUUCAAAUCCAGACAGAGAAUUGAGACUGCUUUUACUUGGUCUUGAUAAUGCGGGGAAAACAACCCUCCUCAAAUCGCUAGCAAGCGAAGAUAUCACCCAGGUCACACCUACGCAAGGUUUCAACAUAAAGAGCGUUCAGAGCGAAGGAUUUAAAUUGAACGUCUGGGACAUCGGAGGAGCCAAAAAAAUCCGACCAUACUGGAGGAAUUACUUCGAAAACACAGACGUUCUAAUCUACGUAGUGGACAGCGCGGAUGUAAAGCGAUUGGAAGAGACUGGUCAAGAGCUCGCGGAACUCCUGAUGGAAGAUAAACUUCGAAACGUUCCGUUAUUAGUCUACGCCAAUAAACAGGAUUUGGCCCAAGCCGUAACCGCUGCCGAAAUUGCCGAAGGAUUAGGACUCCACAAUAUCAAAGAUAGAGACUGGCAGAUACAGUCCUGCAUUGCCACGGAAGGCAAAGGUGUCAAGGAUGGUUUGGAGUGGGCGUGUAAGAGUAUCAAGAAAAAGUAGUAAGAAUUUUAUGAAAAAUUUUCUAACUAACAAAAAGAAGAAUCGAAUAACUAUACUAUCUGAUAGGCGGGAGGUGGAAAAUCGUGGAAACGUUUCGUGUGAAAUAAAAUUUAUUAUUUCGCAUGAGCGUGAGUUUUUUCGUGCAGCUUUUAUCUAAUACAUAUUUACACGUUCGGGGAAACACUUAGAUCAAAAUGGCGUGCGUAACGAAAAGGAAAAAUAGACACGUAAUAAUAAUGACUGUGAAAAAAAGUCAAAGCUUUAUAGCGUUAUGGUAAUACUUGACGACGCACUGAACGUACGAUAUGAAUCUAGUCAAUAAUCUUCCGUCGGUGAAAUUAUUUAUUUUUUGUAGAGUUUUGCGACUUUAAUUGGUAUUCAUUUCAAAGUCUGAAUAAUCGUAGCUGAUAUAGUGCCUCGUGAAAGUGCCUUUUUGUACGGAAAUUUUUUCAAGGCAAAUCAAAAGAAAAGAAGUAAGUAAAUGGUAUAUAUACCUACGUAUAUAUAUAUAUAUAUACUUAAUAAUAAUGUACCUCACUAUUAUUAAUUAAUGGAUUAAAUCGCAAACUGCAGUUUAGCGUCAGCGCGGAGCACCUAUUAUCAUUAUAUUAUUAUAUCAUCAUCAUUUAAUAAUAUUGCACAAAUUGAAAAAAAUCGCUUGGAAAAAAAAACUACCAAUUAUUCAAGCAUCGAUAAUCAUCGAUACGUGAUGUGAAAAAUGAUACUAUGUAAACAAGAAAAAAAAAACAAAAAAUAAUGUAUUCUUAAAAGUAUACAGAAAUGCCUCUUUUUACUUUAUUGUACUUACACUCAUCAACCGGAAGUCUUGCACGCGACUCUCCCGUUCCUAAUAGUUCUCGUAAGUUUCAAUAAAGUGAAAAAAAUAAUAACACAAAAAAAAUUCAUUUUUCACUAAUGAUAAAAAUGUUAGCGUGAAAAUAACGACAAAUUAGAUGUCUUCUGAUGUUGUCGAAAAUAACGUUUAAAGUUUUUUAU